AUGGACAGCGACGAGCGCAGCGAGAGGCGCCCGAGUCAGCGGAGCUCUCGCCGGCGCCGGCGGCAGCAGCAGCAGCAGCAGCAGCAGCAGGAAUCGCAGGAAGAGGAGCAGCAAGAGAUAUCAGAAGACGAAGACCUCCAGCUUGCGCUAGCUUUGUCCCUUUCGCUGCAGCAGCAGGAGCAGCAGCAGCAGCAGAAGAGCGAAGCAGCUUCCUGCGAAGCGUCCGACGUACCAAGCAGCAGCAGCAGCAGCAGUAGCAGCAGCAGCAGCAACAGCAGCAGCAGCAGCAGCAGCAGCCGCACUAACAACAGCAGCAGCAUCAUCGACGACAGCAACGAAAGGUCAGAAGACAAGGAGAAACUCCCGAACAAACAGCUCCACGAUCAGCAGCAGCAGGAGGGAUACCUGCAGCAGCAGCAGCAGCAGCCGCAGGACCAACAGGAAAAGCAGCAGCAGGAUCCUCAGCAGCAGCAACAAUGUCAGCAGCAGCAGCAGCAGCAAAAGCGGCGGCAGGCGCCUCAGCGCAGAAGACGCAGCCGCCCUCGCGUUACAAGAAGGCAGCAGCGAGCAGCAGCAGAGUGCAGCAGCAGCAGCAGCAGCAGCAGCGAUGGGAACAAGAAGCGCUUGCGGAUUCAUCUUGACAGCAGCAGAAGCAGCAGCAGAAGCAGCAGCAGGAGCAGCAGCUGCAGCAGGAAAGUCAGCUGCAGCAGCGCAGGAGAAGACUUGCAGCUCGCCAUAGGUUUGUCUCUCUCUGAACAAGUAGGCCCUAACGAGAGCAGCAGCAGCAGCAACAGCAGCAGCAGCAACAGCGGCAGCAGCAGUAGCAACAGCAACAGCAGCAGGAGCAGCAGCAGGCUGUGUGAUGGAGACACGAGGGGCAAGCACGAAGACAGUAAGGACGGCAGAAGCAGCAGCAUCAACUGCAGCAGCAGCAGCAGCAGCAGUAGCGAAGGCAGAGAGACACAAGCAGGCCGGAAAGCAGGUCCGAGACAGAACAGAAGGCGUGCUGCUGCUGCUACUGUUGCUGCUGACAGCGGCAGCAGCAGCAACUACAGCAACAGCAGCAGCAGCAGCAGCAGCAGCUGGAGCAGCGAAUCCGAAUCCGGAGAGCAGCGGCGCCGCCGCAGGAACAACGAGAGCCCCCACAGCAGCAGAGCAGCAGCAGCAACACGCAGAAAAGCAGCAGCAGCAGCAGCGGCAGCACCAGCAGCAGCAAAAGCAGCAGCACGGGGCAGCAGCAGCAGCAGCAAGAAAUCGCUGCUGGCAGAGCGGCGAGCUGCGCUCCGCGCUGAGCGGAAGCAGCGGCACCAGAGGACAGCAGCAGCAGCAGCAGCAGCAGCAGCAGCAUGGAGGGAGGAGAAGCUGCUGGCAGCAAGAGACUUCCUGUGGGAUGUGCUCACUGGAGUCGAGACAGUGGCUCCGCUGAAGCAGCAGCAGCAGCAGCUGCUGCAGCAGCAGCAGCAGCAGCUGCAGCAGGCGCUCAACAAGCUGCAAAGCGAUUUAACAGCAGAAGCAGGCGAAAUGCUGCAGCGGCAAGAGCAGCAGCAGCAGCAGCAGCAGCAGCAACAGGAGACAGCCGCAGCAGGCACGGCGCAACAGGCCGCUGCGCCAGCGCCAAGAAGCCCCACAGACACUAGCACUAGCAGCAGCGGCAGCAGCGGCAGCAGCAGCAGCAGCAGCGGCAGAAGCAGCAGCAGCGGCAGUAGCAGCAGCAGCAGCGGCAGCAGCAGCAGCAGCAAUGUGUUUCAUAACUACGUGACGCUGGAGCAGCUGCGCCAAGCCGCAGAAGCAGCAGCUGUGGACCUCAGUGAAAAAGAUCUUCUCGAAAUGAUUGCUGCUGCUGCUGCUGCUGCUGCUGGCGCUGCUGCUGGUGCGGCUGGAGCUAAUGCGGCAGCAGCAGCAGCAACAGCAGCAGAAGCAGCAGCAGCAGCCAAAAAGCAAUAUGUCACCUUUGCUGAAUUUGCUGCAGUUUUCAACCACGCAGGGCUCAGAGUAGAAAAGAAUGGACACGUUUGGUAG